CCAUCUUUGUAUGAGCAUACAAAAGGAAACUGAGGUGAUUGAGGACAAACAGCCAGAUUAAUGCUCUGUGACCAGCUUGAUUUCAAGUGGAUUUCAAAUGGAGUCACCAGUGCCUUCUACCAGCUUCAUCACUUCUCCAAAUGACCUCAUAAAACCAAACACAACAAACAUAACACAAGCUUUCUGUGACUUUUCAAAGAUCCCAGCAAACCCAUUUUUCAUAUUUGCAUAUUCACUAGUGUGCAUUGUCAGUCUUGUGCUGAACUGCAUCACAAUACGGGUGUAUUUCUGCACUAAUCAUCAAGUCCAGUCCAGUUUCACAGUUUACCUGAAGAACCUAGCCACAGCUGACUUCCUCAUCUGCCUCUCUUUACCUGUGCGCAUAGCUACUUAUGCCAACUUUUCAGUGAUAAUGUACAACAUUUACUGCAGCUUUGUAAUAGCAGCCUUUUAUGUUAACAUGUAUGCAAGCAUUCUCUUCAUGGACUUUAUUGCUGCAAACAGGUACCUGAAGAUUGUCCGGCCGUUGGAGACUCAUGCUCUGCAGACAGUGCACACUGCACGCUACAUUUCUGUAGCAGCUUGGUUCUUAUUGUUAUCCCUUUCAUCUAUCUACAUAAUCCUCUUUCUCCAGACCUCCUGGGGUAACAGUCGAAGGCCUGAAGGAAUUAGCUGUGAGUCCUUACACAGUCCCCAGUUUGCCAUGGCCUACAAAAUCAUCAACAGUUGCAUCUUUGUGUUCUUCAUUUUUUUGCUGAUAUCUCUGAUUCUUCUGUACUUGAGGACACUGCAAAAGCUCAGAGAAGCUCAGAUGUCCACACAGGUCACAUCCAAUAGUCAUAAGAUUGAAAAAUCCAGGCGUAAUAUGUUAGUUCUAUUGGUCAUUUUCUGUGUGUGCUUUGUGCCCUAUCACCUGAUGAGACUGACUUACACGUUCAUCAGUCCCCUACUGGAUGACUGUACAACUGCACAGGUAUUCUUCAUCCUGAAGGAAGUGACUGUUCUGAUGUCAGUGCUAAAUGCCUGUUUGGAUCCACUUAUUUACUUUCUCUUUUGCAAGGCCUUCAGAGCCCAGUUCAGCUUUAUGAAAAAACGUCACCAACCUGACAGCGAACGAAGGCAAAAUGGGAGAUAAAGGAAGUGAAGGAAACUAGUAAAUGAUUCCAAGUCAUGAAACUCUACAUGGCACAAGCUGAUAGGUCCUUUGACAUGCAAUUUUUUAUCAAGUCAGUUUGCAUACUCUCUCUUUGUCUAACAUUUAUAUUGCCUCAGUUUUUUGCAAGUAAGCCAGUUUCACUGCAGAGCAUCAUGAGAAGUUUCUCCCUGAAACCCUCCUCCUCUUCAGCACCACAGUCUAGAUUUGCAUCCAGAGAAUUGUGUAUAUACUGUUUGUAUAACUAAAAUGUUUUCUUAGAAUUGUCAUAACUGAACUUGUUUAAAAAUAAAUAAAUAAAUAAAUGAAAAAAAAAAAAAUACUUUGUACUUUGCUUUGUGACAAUACUUUUGAGAUGUAUUUUAGCAUUUACGGAUUGGCGCUAUUC